AUACAAAGUCCAGUAAAUAUAAAAAAAGCUAAAUCAAUAUUUGGUGUGACCACCUUUGCGUUUAAAACAGCACCAAUUCUCCUAGGUACACCUGGACACAGCUUUUCUUGGUUGUUGGCAGAUAGGAUGUUCCAAGCUUCUUGGAGAAAUCUAUCUGUUUAGUCUGUCUCAAUUGCUUCUGUCUCUUUAUGUAGUCUCAGACUGACACGAUAUUCAGUGGGGGGCUUUGUGGGGGCCAUGACAUCUGUUGCAGGGCUCCCUGUUCUUCUAUUCUGUUCUUUUCUAUUUGCAAAAGUAAUGUUUGGGAGUCUAACAUUUAUAUUUCCUAUUGACACACUAAAGCUGAAGAUAUAAAUAACCAUCUUAAGACAAAUGCUUUUGUGAAACAUCUUAUGUGCCUAAGACUUUUGCACAGUACUGUAUAUAUAAUUAUUAUUGUUUUAAAGAGGCUAUCUUUUAUUGUGAGACUAACUACACCGUGAUAGCGCGUGUGUUUUUUUAAGUUAACACACGAUGGCGCCAAAGACUAAAGAACAGUAGUGUCACCUUUACCGGUGCGUAAUGAAAUCUAGUUACCCUCAGCCUCCGCUGUUUUUCUCAGCAACGGGUACCGCUGGCAACCGCUGGAUCGUCUGCUUUAUUCUAGGGUGCUUUCUUGCUUUGCAUCUCUCAAGUGAGGAUUUGUUCCUAUAUUCAUAAUAGAUCAGACUCCAGGUGCGAGUAAUGGAUGAAAAGCGCAGAGCAUCCUGUCAGUAUGGAUCACUGGAAAGCACAAAAUGGAAAACAGAUGUGGACCAAACAGAGGCAGAUGUGGUCUCAAUGGCAGACUCUACUAUCACAGUGGGGGACAUUGAGGGAGAACUUCUUAAGAUUGAACGGAUCAGAGACAUUCUGAUUAGGAGAGAGUCCGAGCUCAGAUACAUGAUGGACGAUAUCCAGCUAUGUAAAGAGAUUACAAGGCUGAAAAAAGAACUUAAAAUGCUUCUAUCUAUCCCAGAUAAUGACAAGUCUAAUGAAGACAAACAGAAGGAGGAAGAACUCCUGCAACAGAUUCAUAAAUUAGUGGAGGCUCGAGACUUCCUGGUGGAUGACGUGGAAUUUGAACGUCUCAGGGAACGGGAGGAGGACAAAGAAAUGGCUGAAUUUCUAAAGUCCAAGUUAUCAAAAUGUCUUCAAGCCAAGAAUACUGUUCGCAGUGGGAGAAGGCCACCCAGAGCGCAGCCAAACUCGACACCCUUUGUGACCAAGACAGGCCUCACUUUGCUGAAAGAGUGCUGUGGUUUCACCUGCUCUAUAAUGUAAUAGACAUGCUCUCAGUCGUGGCAGCAGGAAUACAAUUCUGCAGCCUUGGAUGAGGAUGACCUUUUAAUGACACCAGUAGACUCAAAUAACAUGGUGUGAACCGUCACAAGAUCUUUCUGAAAGACAAUGCUAUGAAGCCUGUAUACAAAUAGUGGGCUAAGCAUCUCCCUUAGUCUUUCCCUCCCUUUUGCUCGCAUUCUACAGUACAUAACCCUCUUCUUGCUUUUUUUAAAAACCUGUUUCAUUGAAUUACAGAGUACAUUCCAUGCUCUCUCUUGGGUCCAGCUGUCAAAAGCUCAGCUGGUUUGCUGUCAUUCCCUACCCUUAAACUUUUCACUCAUGAAACAUUGCUAACGCACUGCAGCACCGGUGACUCUGUCAUCCAUAAUUGCUCAAGUUUCAGUUGAGUUUCCAUGUAGAUUGCUGUUGCUUUAGCCCAUGUACAGUGUCUCAAUGACUGAUGAGAUU